UUUUCUCGGUUUAGCUGGCUACUAUCGCAGGUUCAUCGAGGGCUUUUCUAAGAUUGCCCUCCCAUUAUCCCAGCUGACGAGGAAGUCUGUGAAGUUCGAGUGGACUGAUCGUGGUGAGGCGAGAUUCCAGGAGCUCAAGAGGAGAUUAACUUCAGCCCCGGUGUUGACUAUUCCCGAUCCUUCUCGGAGUUUCACCAUUUUCAGUGAUGCUUCGAAGCAGGGACUGGGAUUUGUACUCAUGCAGGACGGCCAGGUCGUUGCCUAUGCUUCCCGUCAGCUUAAACCGCAUGAACAGAACUAUCCGGCGUACGACUUGGAAUUAGCCGUCGUUGUUCAUGCUCUCAAGAUCUGGCGACACUAUCUUUACGGCGGACGUUGCGAGAUUUUCACAGAUCAUAAGAGCCUGCAGUACAUCUUCACGCAGAAGGAGCUUAACAUGAGACAGCGCCGUUGGCUCGAGCUCAUCAAGGAUUACGAUUGCUCAAUUCAGUAUCAUCCGGGGAAGGCAAAUGUCAUUGCUGACGCCCUAAGCCGAAAGGUGAGGGGUGACUUGACGUACGUCGUUACUCAACAGAGUCCAUUGAUUCAGGAGUUCGCUCGGACACAGAUUCAGGCGGUCGACGCACUUCCCACAGCCAUUUCGGGGAGUGUUAGUGCCAUUGUUAAUUCCAUGCAGCUUCAGCCGAUGCUGAGAGAGAGAAUCUGGCAGGAACAGGCUUCUGACGAGUUUGUUCGAGUCAUGGAGGCCAAAGUCCGCGCCGGAGGCGUCGAGGGUUUUCAGCUAGGUGCCGAUG